GCUAAAGGUAUGGGUAUUUAUGUCAGGACUUCUCUCAGGACAUCUCUAAUAUCGAGAAUCUAGAAAGGAAAAUCGAGGUAUUACAAGAGCAAAAUAAUACCCUGCAUCUCAUGAUCCAAGAACACGAAAGCGAGAUCAAACACUUGGGUUGUUGUUCCAGUCAAAAGGAUGAAGUGUGUCAACUACCAAUUCCACAGGAAAAGUUUGAUGCACUACAAAACUACUGUACACAGCUUGAAAGUGAACUUGAUGAAGCGCGCCAGAAAGCAUCUUUGUUUCAACAAGAAGCCAUCACUUUGCAUAGCUUGGUAAAACUCGCUCAAGAUUCAGAGUCAGUGGAUGUCACACAGGUAGAGGGGCGGUGUUUGAUGCUAGAAAAAGAAUUGAAAUCCCUCUAUCGGCAAUUGAAUGAUGCGUGGACUCUCUGUGAGGCGUAUCAGCACCGCUGCGGCAAGGCCUGUGAGGUGGCGGAACGGGCACAGAAGGAACUUCAUCAAGCGCAGGAGGAAAAACAUUUUUUAGAGAAAUAUAUUACUGAACAAUUAGGUCAUCUUGGCGCCUCAUUGAAGGAGAAUAAAUCAUUUUGGGGUGGAAAAUGCGAAGAUAAACUAGAUAUAUUUAGUAAUGGGAAUGACUCUGAUAUAAGCACCACUAGCGGUGAGAUUCCACCGUUUGCGGUAUGUAAAGAAAUAGAACUCGACAUCUCCCUUACCAGUGAUACAGGACUUCCACGCAACACGUGUGAUAAAACCACCAUACCCAUAUUAGGUGCGGAUAGUUCUUCCGUCGUGUUCCAUAAAGAACAAACCAAUCAAUUACAGCAGAUACCUAAUCGUGACGAUAAGGAUAGAUCAACUCCCAAAGAGAAAAUAGACGUGCCCCCAAAAGAGCAAAUGCUUAAUAAAGUAAAUUCUCCCACAUCCGAGAAAUGCGAUGUUUUUUUACGGAAUAUUGAUAAUAGUUUGGAUGAGGAUUCACAUAAGUUGAAAAGGGCAUUAAGUAUUUUGAAGGGGGGAAAUCAUAUGCUGAUUUGUCGCGUCACUGAAUUAGUAGAAAGGAACAAAACAUAUAUCAGGAACAUUGCUUCUUUGGAAAAGCAAGUGUCCAAUUUAAAUCACAAGCUACGCACUAGUGGGUCUGUGGAAAAUUGGGUCUCUUCCCCUCUACCGUAAAACGUCGCAUUCCGAAUAUGCAAGAAAAUGCACUUUAAAAGUAUGCAUGGUACUCAGGUAAAUUAUUAUAAAGCAUUCUUUAUUUUUCAAAUAUCUCUUUCAUCGCCUGCAAACAUCACACUGGGCAUAAAACUGAUCCAAUUUGUACAGUAUAGUAUUGCUGAAUAUUACCUUAUACACAGGCAAAUAAA